CUCCACGCAAGACACUCAAUGGGACCAUCCGAUUCUAUUCGACUUGUUGCAGUCGUUACGACAGUACAACGCUGUGCGUUUUGCCGAAUACCGAACCGCGUUCAAACUGCGAAGCCUUCAGAAGACUCUAUGCGUGGACACACUCAGCAUCUCUAUUUUGGCUGAAAAUCUGAAACAUAUUGGACACUCACAGCCUGUGGAUGCGUCACAUAACGACCCCUUUGACCGAACAAUCGAUGUGCCCCAAAUGAUUGCGUGCCUUUCACAACUCUUUACCCGGUCUCAUGCAUCGUAUGGUUCUCGGGACAAAACCCUCAUCAACUCCCCCACACAUGUAACUGUUUCAAACGGAACAGAUCCCCUGACUUCAGCCCAAUCCUCAUUAAAGACCGGCGCUAUGGGUAAAUGUUCCACCCUACCGCACAAUGCGAAACCCCCAACCGUUGGCGAGUCACGCCCGACUCGAGGCACCUCUACCAAGUGUGGUGGGGCGUUCCGACGUCAUUCAUCGUCCACAAGGGAGCAGCGAAGUACAGCCACAAGCGGUGACCCGAACAAGAAAUUACUCGCCCCCAAUCAGGCACCAGUCUCUCUAAGCCAGGUGAACCGAAGCACCAGCUUGCCGGAAAGUGUGACUCCAGGCCAUGGCAGCCCGGUACACGGUGCGCCGAAUGUUAAACGGAAACGCUCAUCCACCCGCGCGAAACGACGUUACCUCAUCAGUCCAGCAAAGUAUUCGGUGAACGUAUGUGUGGAUCUGACUCUGAAUUGGCUCCUGAAUGUGUACGACAGAAUGCGUAGAGGCAACAUACGUGCCCUUUCAUUCAAGGUAGCUCUGACGAUUUUGUCGGUGGCUAAUUUGGACGAAAAGUAUCGAUAUUUGUUCAGUUUGAUCGCGGACACAAACGGAUGCGUGACUGAGCAGAGACUUGGCGCUCUGCUCUACGAAUGUGUCCUCAUUCCCCGCAAUCUUGGCGAAGGCGGUUCGAUCGGGAAGGAUGAGUUCGCAAAUACUGUCAGGACUUGCUUUGGACAGGUGCUGGAUAUAGCUCGGGAUGCAGAGUCUUAUGAAACUGGCUCACCAUUCCGCGGUCAAAGUGUACCGGCUCGGUAUUUCAUUACCUGGCUUCGUCUUGGACAGCCAACUUUGAUGUGGCUUCCGCUGUUGCACCGAGUGAUGCUCGCUGAACAAGUGGUCCACCAAGUUCGCUGCGGUGUUUGUCAUCACCAACCUUUAACCGGACUAAGGUAUCGUUGCCUACGCUGCCUCAACUUUGACCUCUGUCAGACGUGCUUCUUCAACGGCCGCACAGCUCGCAGUCACAAACUCACGCAUCCCAUGCAGGAGUAUUGUACCAAUUCCACGUCAGGGGAUUCACUCCGAGACUUCACCCGCAUUGUGAGGAACCGUUUUCGCUCACGUGAACGCAUGCAACGCGGACGACAGGAGGACAGUGCACUUGGGUCACGUGACGCCAGUUCGACCAGAACGAGUAGCCGAUGCUGUGACACAGGAACGUUUGCCGAAGACAAACCGCGACCAGCACCAACGUUCGGGUCCGAUUUGUCCUCGCUUAUCCCUCGGGAGCCCGAUUAUGGCGCGCAAACUGGAGGGAAAAGCGGACUUGUACGCGACUCCUUCGAUUCGGUCGGAAUCUCCAGCUCUAUUUCACGCACUCCGGUUGCCGUGGAGCCACUAAUAAGCCGACCGAUGUCGAGUCAAAUCCCCGUUGCACAUCUUACAGAACAACCCAACCUUCCUCCGAGAGCCGCGUCGGAUACUCGGCAGCUUGUUGUUAAUCAGUAUGGAAGCAGAGAUCGACGUUCCAACGAAAUGCUUGUGGGCCGUCAGCGAUCGUUGGAGCCUUUGGUUGAUGAUGAACACCAAUUAAUUGCUCACUACAGUCGUGAACUGCGGCAGCAAACCGAUCCCAACCUUAACCCAAUGGACCAAAUGACUAUGUCACCCCCUCCGGCAUCUGUUCCCGCCGUCAUGAAUCGCUCAACUAUUUCUGAUGGCGCUCCAAACGGAACGCCCCUAAUGGGUCUCCAUGAUCCGAUACUACAGUAUACGGGACAUUUGAGUCUGGAUAGAAGGCAGUUUGGUAGGGGUCCCGGUCACACCAGCCUUUUUGCACCAAACGGGUACCAUCCGGCGGAUGGCUUGGACCCAGCACAACAUUACAGCCGCCAGUCGGGUUUGGAUAUGGCGUACGCACCGCGUCACAAUCAGCAGCUCAGUAACUACCAUAUUUUCGGACAACCCGUACCUUUCCCACUGGCCUCAAAUCCCACUUUGCCACGCGUUUCUCCGCACGACUCGCUCGGCUCUGCGAGCAUACAACGAUCGUAUUCGUUGCGUGCCCGUUCUCAACCCCCACCCGAUGUACAACUGAACUCCGUUAGGCUCACACCAAACGCCCAAGUAGAUCCUCGAUUCCAAGGCUACCCACAGAGUCGACAACCCGGACCAAUACAUCUGUCAGGUCAAACCAAUCCUGUUAUGAGGUCUCUCGACGAGGAACAAAAUGUACUACGGAUGGAAUACGAUCGUUUGCAUCAGAACGGACUUCGUACACCAAAUUACAGCGCACCUACUUCUAGUCGACUACAAAGUCAGCAGGCACAGCAACGCUUCGCCCGGAUGCAGUUUCAACAUCAACUGAUGCAGCAGCAGCAGCAGCAGCAACAACAGGAAGCUCUUCGAUCAAGUCUCCCCCGAGGAUAUGGACCACGUCCCCCAGUGCACAAAUCUUCCCUCGUGGUAACCGGUGCCGCAGUGGGCCCAGGCAUCGAUUACAGUGGCAGUCUUGGGCGGGCGAACGCAGGCCAGAACGGUGAAAUGCAUUAUCCAGUGGACGUGUACGGUUCAGACUCUCGUGUCUUUGCUCACCCCUAUGCUCCCGAGAUGACCGUCGACGGCGAGAUCAAUGCACCCACCGCGGUUGGUGAGAUAUCCAACGAGACACGCCUGUUGCGAGAGCACCGGGGUCGACUGGAAUUACGUAUGCAACAGUUGGAGGAUCAGAACAAGCAGUUGGAACAGAAGCUACACCGUUUGCGUCAGUAUCUGGUUUCUGGUGGGUCAUCCACCACCGGAACCGUUGCAGCAAUGGACAGUACCAGGAAGGCAGCCACUGAUCUACUUUUGGAGAAGAAUACUAAUUCCAGAAACAGUUUGCGUCAGCGUUCCGCAUCCGGAGGGCUUACUGGACAACCGGGUUUACCAGAAGCCGGUCACUUCAACACAGGCAGUGGUAGCGUUGGUCAGUUGACGGGCUCCAUUGUGCCACCCGAACUGAUGGCGCCUGACUCAAGACCCAUAACUAACAUACCAUACCGGUCCAACUCAGAUACUCGACCUCUACCGGGGACAGCUGCCUAUGAAUACUACCAGGUCCCGGUAGAUGAUUCCUAUCCUGCAGGUGUUGUACCGCCAGCUUCGGAUUCGCGUCCUCUUCAGUUAUCUACCAAUCCGACUACAGUGAGAUCUGAAUUAAUGCGCUACACACAAUUUUGAUUCGAUCUACCGUCGCACUUAUUCCCCAAUGCGCUGCAAUAUCAGCGCGCACGAGCAUAUCGCCUUUCACUUUCCGGUUAGCCACUUUUGGCACACUGCGGCUCCAAAUAUCUCCCCACUGGCCCUCACCUGGCAGAGAAUGGACUUUGUUGUGGAACCUGCCAUCAACAUACCCCCUGGAUUUGCUAACUACCGAACUCAUAUUAUCGCAGCUUACUCCUCGUGACGUACGGUAUGAUUUCUUUGCACAGACAAAAUCGCUCCAGCUCCAACUCCUAGGCUUCUCAUCCCACGUCUCCCAACUCAAACACACUGCAUCGCCAGGCUGGUUUCCUACUUAGAUAAAUCACUUUUAUUCAUGAACAAAUACUCAACUGAUGGAUUACGUGGACGGUAUUUCUAUACCGGCUUGUAUCAACAGAAUGCAAUUUUUUACUGCACAU